AUGAACAUUGUCAUAUACAAACUUUUCCAAUCAUGUCGUAGAUUCCAUACUUCCCUAAUAUCAACCCAUCAACCAUUUUUUCAAAACCAUGAUUUCAUUCCUCCCUCCACAUUUUUAUCCAACACUCUCCAGCAUUACAUCAAUUCCCAAACCCCUUCCCACGGCCAAAAAAUCCAUUCCCACAUUCUCAAAACUGGGUUUGUUCCAAACACAAACAUUUCCAUCAAACUACUUAUUCUAUACCUUAAAUCAAAUUCUUUAAGAUACGCACGCCAGGUGUUUGAUGAUCUGCAUGACAGAACUUUAUCUGCUUAUAAUUACAUGAUUGGUGGCUAUCUCAAAAAAGGACAAGUUCAUGACUCACUUGAGUUGUUUCAUAGGCUUUUAUUGUCUGGUGAUAAGCCUGAUGGGUUUACGCUUUCAAUGAUUCUAAAAGCGUCAACCUCGGGUGUUAAUGUUGUGAUGGUUGGUGAUCUUGGAAGAAUGGUGCAUAUGCAGAUUCUUAAAUUUAAUGUUGAGAACGAUGAUAUUCUUUGUACAGCGUUGAUUGAUUCUUAUGUUAAGAAUGGGAGGGUUGGUUAUGGGAGGACUGUGUUUGAUGUGAUGUCGGAGAAGAAUGUGAUAUCGUCAACGUCGCUGAUCUCUGGUUACAUGAAUAAAGGUUGUUUUAAUGAUGCUGAAUGUAUAUUUCAGAAAACAUUGGAUAAGGAUGUUGUGGUGUUUAAUGCUAUGAUUGAAGGUUACAGUAAAACAUCUGAAUGUGCCAUGAGAUCUCUUGAAGUUUACAUUGACAUGCAGAGGUUUAACUUUAGGCCGAAUCUUUCUACGUUUGCUAGCAUAAUUGGUGCUUGUUCUGUGCUUGCAGCAUUUGAAAUUGGGCAACAAGUUCAAACUCAGCUUAUGAAAACACCUUUUUUUGCAGACGUAAAAUUAGGAAGUGCUCUUAUAGAUAUGUAUUCCAAGUGUGGUAGAGUUGUAGACGCUCGAAGAGUUUUUGACCAUAUGCUUGAGAAGAAUGUUUUUUCAUGGACAUCUAUGAUUGAUGGAUAUGGGAAGAAUGGGUUUCCUGAUGAAGCACUUGAUCUAUUUAGAAAGAUGCAGAUAGAAUAUUGCAUUGCGCCUAAUUUUGUCACGUUCCUCAGCGCUCUCUCAGCUUGUGCGCAUGCUGGACUUGUGGAUAAGGGUUGGGAGAUCUUUCAGAGUAUGGAGAAUGAAUAUAAAGUGAAGCCAGGGAUGGAACAUUAUGCUUGCAUGGUUGAUCUGUUAGGCCGAGCAGGGAGGCUGAAUCAGGCUUGGGAGUUUGUCACGAGGAUGCCUGAGAGACCUAAUUCAGACGUGUGGGCUGCUUUACUUAGUUCGUGCAGACUCCACGAAAAUAUAGAGAUGGCAAAAUUAGCAGCAAAUGAGCUUUUCAAGCUGAAUGCUAGUGGAAGACCGGGAGCAUACGUUGCACUGUCUAAUACUUUGGCAGAUGCUGGGAAAUGGGACAGUGUAAGCGAACUUAGAGAAGUAAUGAAGCAGAGAGGAAUAUCCAAGGACACUGCCUCCAGUUGGGUUGGAGCUAAUACUGCUUGUUAG